AUGGGCCGCGGGGCCUGCGUCCCCUCGGAGGCGUCGGGGCGCGUCCAGGGCCGCGGGCUCAGAGUGGUGCGGGGCGCCCUGUGCCUCGUGCCCGUGCUUGGGCUGCUGGCCUGGCUCGGGGCCCCGAGCGCGGCGCAGGGCGAAGUCGCCACGCUGGAUGCCACCACCCAGGCCCGCGGAGCGGGGCCCCCGCCCGUGACCCGCAGGCGCCGCUACACGCUGACGCCGGCCCGGCUGCGCUGGGACCACUUCAACCUGACCUACAGGAUCCUCUCCUUCCCGCGGAACCUGCUGAGCCCCAGCGACACGCGGCGGGGCCUGGCCGCCGCCUUCCGCAUGUGGAGCGACGUGUCGCCCUUCAGCUUCCGUGAGGUCGCCCCCGAGCAGCCCAGCGACCUGCGCAUAGGCUUCUACCCCGUCAACCACACCGACUGCCUGGAGUCGGCCCUGCACCACUGCUUUGACGGGCCCACGGGGGAGCUGGCGCACGCCUUCUUCCCCCCGCAUGGCGGCAUCCACUUCGAUGACAGCGAGUACUGGGUGCUGGGCCCUACACGCUACAGCUGGAAGAAAGGCGUGUGGCUCACGGACCUGGUCCACGUGGCGGCCCACGAGAUCGGCCACGCCCUCGGCCUGAUGCACUCGCAGCAGGGGCGGGCGCUCAUGCAUCUCAAUGCCACACUGCGUGGCUGGACCGCGCUGUCGCAGGACGAGCUGUGGGGGCUGUACCGGCUGUAUGGCUGCUUGGACCGGCUCUUCGUGUGCGCGUCCUGGGCUGGCAGGGGCUUCUGCGAGUCCCGCCGGAGACUCAUGAAGAGGCUCUGCCCCAGCAGUUGUGACUUCUGCUACGCGUUCCCCUUGCCGACUGCGGCCACCACCCUGCCACCCCCCAGAACCAAGACCAGGGUGGUCCCCGAGGGCAGGAAUAUGACUUUCCACUGUGGCCGCAAGCUGCUUUCCAAGAAAGGCAAAGUGUACUGGUACAAGGACCGGGAGCCGCUCGAGUUCUCCCACCCGGGCUACGUGGCCCUAGGCGAGGCGCGGCUGAGCAUCGUGGCCAACGCCAUCAACGAGGGCACCUACACGUGCGUGGUGCGCCAGCGGCAGCGAGUUCUCACCACCUACUCCUGGCGUGUGCGCGUGCGCGCCCCAUAAAGCACUUU